CUUCAGCCACUAGUUCGCUGUGACUUGUGUUCUCUGUUCUCUCUUUCUUUCCCUCAAAGAAAAUAAAACUCAAAACCCACAAGCAGAGGAAACCAGGGCAAGAAGAAGAAGAAGAAGAAUUCUCUAAUUCUUUUCUUUUUUUCUGAGAUUUCUUGUAAUCAUCGGCUUGUGAUUCUUUCACCCAUGGAUUGGUUUCGCGGAGAUUGUAUUGGUUGUGGUAGCUUUUCCACUGUUAAUUUGGCAAUUCCCAGGAGUAUCUCUGCUCCUUUAAUGGCGGUGAAAUCUUGUGAUGUUUUUGAAUCUUCUUUGCUUGAGAAUGAGAAGGAUGUCUUGACUCAACUUGGGAAUUGUGAGCAUGUCAUCCAGUGUUUCGGCGGUGAUCAGAGUGUUGAAAACGGGAAGAUGUUGUAUAAUUUGCUGUUAGAGUAUGCUUCUGGCGGUAGUUUAUCUCAUUUGGUAAAGAAAUCUGGUGGUUGCUUGCCGGAAUCGGAUGCCAGACGCUACACGAGAUCGAUAUUAAAGGGUCUUCAUUAUAUUCACGCCAAAGGGUUUGCUCACUGCGAUAUAAAGCUUCAGAAUAUUUUGUUGUUUGAGAAUGGGGAAGCGAAGAUUGCAGACUUCGGAUUGGCGAAGAAAACAGGGCAAAAGCAGAGUGGGGAACAAGGAAGAAUCGAAUUUCGAGGAACUCCUCUGUAUAUGUCGCCGGAAUCAGUUAACGAAAACGAAUACGAUUCACCGUGUGAUAUUUGGGCACUUGGGUGUGCGUUGGUUGAGAUGGUGACCGGAAAACCGGCAUGGAAUUGCAAGCAGGAAACAAACGUAGCAGCCUUGUUGAUUCGAAUUGGAGUAGGCGAUGAAUUGCCAGAAAUCCCUCAAGAAUUGUCUAAAGAAGCGAAGGAUUUUCUAUCAAAGUGUUUUGUUAAAGAUCCUAAAAGGAGAUGGACGGCUGAUAUGCUAUUGGAUCAUCCUUUUGUUGCUAAUGAAACUACUGUUCCAUUGACGGAACAAUUUUCUCCGCCAUCAUCAUCCCCAAGAUGUCCAUUUGAGUUCCCAGAGUGGGUUUCAGUCCCAUCUUCAUCUCCAAAGUCAGAAUUAUGGUCUAACAAGGAAGUGGAAUCAAGAUUCGAUUGGUCCUCUUUGUCAUAUUCACCGUCACCGGCAGAGAGACUCCGGCAGCUGGGGAGUGAUCAAGGCUGCAAUUGGUCUUUUUCUGAGAGUUGGGUCACUGUAAGGUGAAUUCAAAACCAACAAUUCAGAAUAUUUUUUUAAUUCUUCUGGUCACAUUCUAACUAUUGAGAUUCCAAUGAUUUUCAAUGGUGAAGAGUGAUAAAUUUUUGGCGAUUGUAAAUGGAUAGGAAGACAGAGGGAAAUUGUAUUUAGCAGAUGAGUUUUAGAUUAUUGAAUAGCCGUGAUUGGUGGCCGUGAGUGGCCAAAGUGUACAGAAUAUUUCUUUCUUAAAACCCCUUUUAUUGAAAUACAGAGAAAAUUACCUUCCCGAGAAAAAGAAUUUGUUAAAUUGCCAAACAGGCAUAGAACAGAGUGCGUGGUAAUGGUGGAUAUCAUCUUUAUGGGUUUUAGUAUAAAUCAAGGUAAUUUAUUAAAUCCUGGAAAAAAAAAAAUCCCUGUCCUGCCUUCACUGAAACCAGGAGGAAGCUUUUCUUAGAAUGAUUAAUCUUGUACUUGGAUAAGAACUGGGAAGGAAGUGUUUUCUGUUUAUUUCUUUUUUUUUUUUUUAAGUAGAGAAUUGGGGAAGUAGCCGGAUCUAUAUGGGUUAGCUGUAAUUUUUUUUCAUAUAGAUCUAAAUAAAUGUGAUAUUAUAAAUUUAAAC